ACCCGUACCCGUACACACACACACACACACACACACACACACACACAUACACAGACUGUGAGUGAAGCGGACAGAAAGAAGACAGACACCUUCAAGACAAGAUAGACAAGCAGGCCAGAUAGACAACAAUCAAGAUGAUGAUGAUGAUGAUGAAGAAGCCCAUCAUUCUGGUGACCUGUAUCUUGCUUUUCUCAUCUCUCGCUGUUGUGGCAUCUGAAACCAGCUCUGGUCCAGAGUGCUGUUUUCAGUUUUUCUCCAGAAGGUUGCCUAUGAGGAUGGUGGUGAGGUACAAAUACACAGACCCGCGGUGUUCAAAGAAAGCUGUGAUUCUUUGUCUCUGUUUCAGUUUUACGAUGAUCAGUGGUGCUGAACUCUGUACCAACCCGUCUGAGCCGUGGGUCCAGAAUAUCAUCACCGCCAAAGAGUGGGACCAUACCAACACAGCUCUGGGUGUACAAUCCAACUGACCCAACGUGUGUUUUAACACCACACUUUAAAGCUCGCUGAGCCAAGCAGAAGUGGUGGUGUAGUGGUAACCUGUGAUUUAUCUUCAGCUUUCUCUAUUUUUAUACAGAAUAUUUUUCUAUUAGCUUAAAAAUAAAUGCCAAAUAACUUUUUUUAUUAUCCAUUCUUUUGUCUGUUUUAAUGUGGUUUCAAGUGAUGCAUUGAAAGAUUAGAUAUAAGCUAUUUUCCAAUAAAUCAUAUGCUUAAAAUGUUUUCUGAUAUAUUAUUAAAAAUCAUAUAUGAUA